AGCUGCUGAGUUGAUUUUCAGGUCAACAUGAAGGCUCUCCUCUCUCUGGGGCUCUUCCUGCUUUCUGUCACUGUCCAGGCCAAGGUCUAUGAACGCUGUGAGUUCGCCAGAACUCUGAAAAGCCAUGGAAUGGAUGGCUACUUGGGAAUCAGCCUGGCAAACUGGGUGUGUUUGGCUCAGCAUGAGAGUAAUUUUAACACACGAGCUACAAACUACAACCCUGGAGGCCAAAGCACCGACUAUGGGAUAUUUCAGAUCAAUAGCCGAUACUGGUGUAAUGAUGGCAAAACCCCAAGAGCAGUGAAUGCCUGUGGGAUAUCCUGCAGUGCUUUGCUCCAGGAUGACAUCACUCAAGCCAUUCAAUGUGCAAAGAGGGUUGUGAGGGAUCCACAAGGCAUUAAAGCAUGGGUGGCCUGGAGAAGCCACUGUCAAAACCGAGAUCUCACCCAGUACAUUCGCAACUGUGGAGUCUAACCGCCCUGUGCCUCCACCUCAGCUCACCCUGUCUCUUUCUCACUAUAGAAGUAGUUAUGGGAAAGGUCACAUUUCCUCGGUUUCCCCUUUAGACAAGCAGGCUUUUAUCAGAAACAGGAACAACAUGGAGACUGUUUCCUAAGAGACUUAAUGCUGACUAAUGUGUUCAUUGUUUUAUGGAAAGCCUCCAAUUUUGGUUAGCCAAAGCGGCAGAUGCUGGUGACAGUGAUCUAGCAUUGAGUGUCACACACAUCUCUAUACAUCAGUUCUUCACCUACGAAGUAAUUCACAUUAAGUUUUAUUGGAAUUAAUCUCCAUCUCUCCACUGUUGGGUAGACAUACAGCAGAAAUGUAAGGAGACAGUAGAUCUUGGGUGAAAUGGCAGCUGUGUGAGCUUCCAGGGUCAGCCCCCGAACAGUUAAGAACAGCCACACUGUGGGGCAAGGCUGGUUUUUAAGGGAACAGGUCUCUGAGUGCAUAGAACUGAGAUUGCCUCAACUCAGAAACUUGGUGUCACGAAAUGUGUGACCUUUCAAAAGCGAAUUAUCUUAGAGUUGGCCAUUCAUAGUGCUUAAUAGUAGAUUCUUACCUCAUGUGUUAUUCUGUGUUAACACUUGAGAGAAUGAUCCAUGCCUCUAGUUGAUCAUGAGGUAUCCAGGACUGAUUAGUCUCUCUGCUAGCCCUUAACUUUCUUACAGUACCUUCAUGUGUAUCAACUAACUCUGAGACAGAUGAGCCUGUAUCAGCAAACUAAGCAUACUGUGAAAAAAUAAAAAUGAGCAUUAAAUG